AUGUCGAACUUCUUCCGCAGGGCAUCAGAUGUUUUUAAGCAUCAGCCGCGCAACGAUUCAAUCGACUCUGCCAAUUCAGGAAAAUCUCCCCCUACACAAGACGCACCCGACCCAAAGCCUGUAUCAAGUAAUCGCAGCUCUCAGAGCGAUCCAGUUCCAGCCACCCUUCCAGAUAACGAUGCGCGACGCAAAAGUCAACGGCACUGGGGAUUUGGUCGCCAGAACGACCCGGAAGCCCUGAAAAAGCGUCGAGCGAGUCAGGACGAGAAGGACAGGCUCGACUUCGCGGCUGCAAGCAAAUAUUCAAGUGCCCGGCGGAGAAGCCAGGGUGCUGGUACUGGGUUUGAGGGUGGAUGGCAGUGA